UAAUUUGAAAAAGGAAGACAUGGAAGAUGAAAGUCAAGGCAAACAGAUCAUAAGCAUGACGGACUUCGCUGGUCAAGUAGCGUAUUACGCUUGUCAUCAGAUUUACCUCUCUAGAAGAGCGUUUUAUCUGGUUGUUAUGGACAUGUCUAAGGGACUGGAUGAAGUAGUUCACACGCAAGACACUGAUCGACACAACCCGAAAGGAUCUUUAUUUCAUGGAAGGGCGUACAAAGAUUACUUCCUGUUCUGGUUGCAAUCAAUAAAAACGUAUUGUGAGGACAGAAACAGACCGGAAACUACGAACAGUCCAGUUAUCCUGAUUGCCUCUCAUCACGACUGUGUAAAAGAGAAACCAAGAAUGGACAGUGUUCAAUCUUUUUAUAACAAAUUAGAGAAGUGUUUACCAGAGGAACACACAUUGAAAGGUCAUAUUUCGCGGAAACGUUACUAUGAAAUAGAAUGUCCACAGCAAAGAUUGAAUGAACACCAAGCAGAAAAGAUAGAAAAUGUCAGAAAAUGUAUUGUUAGAACUGCACGAAGCCUACCUCAUUGGGGUGAAAAAUUACCAUCAAUUUGGACAGUAUUUGAACAGUUAGUUAGAAAAAACAAGGAAAAGAAGAUGGAAAUUCUAAGCAGAAAGGAACUACUAAGCAAGAAGGAAUUUAAAACAUUACAUGAAUUUAAGGUAGACGACAUGCUCAGAUAUUUUAAAGAGAUAGGUCUAAUUAUUUAUUUUGCCGAAGAAGGUCUUAAGGAAAAUAUUAUCAUUGACGUCCAGUGGUUUGUAGAUGCUUUUAAAAAUAUCAUAACUGACCCAACUCAUGCUGAACCAUUUUGCGAAAGAGUCAAGGAAUGGGAGAUAUUCAUGAAAACUGGAAGAAUUUCUGAUCUAACACUUGUCAAGAUAUGGGGAGAAAAUUCUUCGUAUGUUACUCAAAAAGACAUUAUUGUACCCUAUAUGGAAAAACUGGGCAUUCUUGCUAUAGUGCGAACACAAGAAACUGCUGACAAGGAGAUUGGAACAAUAAAAAUGAGACCUGUUUACUACAUUCCUAGCAUUAAUAAAACUGACUUCACGAAAGAAUGCAGGGCGAUAACGGAAAAUGUCAACAAAACGCCAGUUUUAGCUUUUUCUUUCAAAACUUACAUUCCACAUUUCUUUUUCUUUAGACUUGUGGCUUUGUGCUUCUCUGUGUGGGAACCCUUAAGUGAUGACUUACUCUGCAAAAAUGUUGCUUUUUACAAAGACAAAGGUGGUGACCGAAACAUAGCUAUUGCAGUAAACAAAACGUCCAUUCAGUUGCAAGUGUUUACUCCAGAUAAAGCAAUCCAGCUGACAAGUGACAAAACCAAAGAGAACAGAUCAAACAUUGAAAAGAUGAUUAAGGACAUAACCACUACAUUUCAUCACCAAGUUCUGUAUGAGGUCGGAUACCCUUGUAAAGAUAUAAAUAUCACUGAGGAAGAUGAGCAUUUUUUCUUAAGCGAAAGAACAGUUGCAGAACUGACAACCAACAGAAGAAUUUGUCCAAAUUAUGUGCCCCCAACAAAGCAUGAGAAACACCAAAUAGUUCGUGACGAUCUGCUGUAUUAUUGGUACAUGGUACGCAAUUUACACAAUUAA